AUGGACAACAAUACAAUAAGCUCGACUGUAAUGGAGAGCAACAAGCUUGCUUGGCUAGCAGGUAUGGUGAUGGAUCAGUUGCCAAAAACCCUAUUCAAAGAGGGAACGGAAACACAAGUUGAGAAGGUCAACAACACUUGUCAAACUUCCAUACUUAAGAAGGUGGAGAAGUAUGUUGAAGCAGAGUACAAGGAAGUGUUGGGUGAUCCACUAUUUUCUCAGGUUAUGGAUAUAUAUGUGCACAAGCUUCAGUAUUCAGGGAGAGUGAUCCACAGCUUCGUUUGUAAGCAGCUUCUGACCGCAAAGCGCCAUGAGUUGUGGUUCCAUUUUGCUAGGAGGGCUCUCAGAUUUUCAAUGCAAGAAUUCCAUGCGAUCACUGGUCUGAAAUAUAAAGACGACGAGCCUGACUUGGAUAUUGAUAACUGGAGAGGUGAUAAAGGGUUUUGGAGUAAGUUGCUGCGGAGAAAAGGAAAAAUUAGCCUACAACAAAUCAGGAAGGUGCAUCUGAAAUCUUGUAAUACAUGGUCUCAUGUUGAUAGGCUGAGGAUGGUGUAUUUGUGUGUGAUUGCUGGUCUGGUUAUGGCGAAUGAUGAGAAGGUGUGCAUCCCACACAAGUACAUCAAGCUGGUGAUGGAUUUCGAUAAGAUGAGAAAAUAUCUGUGGGGUCUUCACUCUUUUGAUGCGCUUGUGACUUCCAUUACUGAAGCUAUGGAUAAAGUGAAGACGCAGAACAGUUAUGUCAUAGAUGGAUUCUCUUAUGCACUUCAGAUUUGGUUGAUGGAGGCUAUUCCAGACAUCGGGUCUCUUUUGGGUAAGAAGCUCAAAGAAGGGGUCACUAGCAUGAGAUGCAGAAAUGGGAAAGGAUCUGCUAAGGUUUCCUAUGAGGAUAUUAUUAGUAUUGAGUCCGAUUUUGCAUCCACUGGAGUUGCGUUUCCAUACAUCUCUUCAACUGGAAAUGGCAACAUCAUUGUUGAUGCUGGGUUUGAGCGAGACGAUGAGAUGAAUGACGAAAGGGUCGAUAUGAUCAUUGACAUGUACAGAAAGAAGUAUGACUGGAGUAAGCAUGUUUGGGGUUAUCAGGAAACUGAACAACCAUAUGCGGACAGUUCUGAGGAUGAUGGUUCAAAGGAAGAAGAGGCAGGAGAAAGAAGUGACUGUGGAAUGGAAGAAGAAAUAGAAACUGCCCAUGUGUGUCCUGCAAAGAAGAGAAAGAACCAGUAUCAGGAUAUUGGAGCCGAGUCAAGGAAGAAGAGGUUACUUUGCCAAAGAUCAACCGACAAAUACAGAGAUCUUGAAGAGGGUAUGAAGUCCUAUAUCCAGGGUAUAUUUAAGUCUUCUUUUACUGCCUUAGGGCUCGAGACUCAUGGUGCUGCUCCGGCUUAUACUCAGACUCAUGGUGCGGCUCCGGCUUAUACUCAGACUCAUGGUGCUGCUCCGGCUUAUACUCAGACUCAUGUUGCUGCUACGACAUCUACUCAAGCUCCUGGAUCGGAUUCUACCCUUUCUCCUACUCCUACUCCGGCGUCUACUCACGCUAGUGCUCCUGCUACUACUUCCCGCGCUCGAGCUUCUCGCAACAAAGCUUCGGUUCCUUCUCACACUGGUGGUCCUGCAACUGCUGCUAAGACAAGGUCUCAGACAAAGGAUCCAGAGUUGUCUGAUGUGUUUGGCAGCUUAUUUGACACUAUAGAUUUCAAUUUAGGGACCCAAGAGCACUUACAAAAGACAAUGGGCAAGCUUACACAAGAGUCGCAUGUUAAGGGGUUUGAUCCAUCUCAAGAGAUCUUCAACCGACCAUUCUUGAAUAAUAUAGAUGAUCCAGAAGUCCGUUGCAAAGACAGCGACUAUGAAUUGGUUUUUGUUCCAGAAGACAAAUUUUCCAAACUAACUGAAUGGAUCCUCAAGCCCAAAGUACUCCAGAUUGGGCCAUCUAAAUUUGAUGCAGAGUUGGUUUCGCGUAUAAUGGGGCCUAAUGAAUGGUUGAAGAACAAUGACAUGGACGCCAUGAUGUAUUUGUUUCGGGAAAAAACCUCAUUGCGUCGGUGGAAGCCAAACAGAAUAGCAUUUAUGAACUGUGUGUUCAGUAAUCAGAUCAUCACCGCCUACGGCAAGUUUGAUGGGAACAGGAGAGGGUACAAAGUCGACAACAACCUUCUCGAGUAUGGAAGAGGUGAGCUUCCAUAUCAUGGAAGCACAGGUUCGGUUUGGAGUGUUGAUGUCGAUCGUCUCUACAUUCCUAUUUGUGUCAACCAAAUCCAUUGGAUCUCUAUGUGCGUCAAUCUUCUGAACCGGACUGUUGAGGUCUUUGAUUGUGGGGGUAAGAAGAACAACAAGGCCGUGGAAGUAUUUGUCGUCCUCAUUCCACGAAUCGUCAAGGCUGUCCAGUCAUCAGAUAAGAAGAAAGAUUUCAACGUCAAACAGUAUGCUGUUUCAUAUGUCCCGAUGCGCGUCCUAAACACGAGUGGCAAUGAUUGUGGUGCUUAUUCGUUGAAGUUCAUAGAGUGCCAUCUACUUGGUUUAGAUUUCUCUUUGGUGAAUGACGAGAACAUCCAAGAAGCCCGACACAAGAUAGCGUUUGAUCUUUGGGAAGCAGCAAAUGAUGAGGCCUUGCAGUAUCGAAUGUCCACAUUUAAGCCUCCAAAGCGUGCUCCGGAGAAAACGGUUGAACUCUUUUGA